CUCUCUCUCUCUCUCUCUGUGUGCGUGUGUGCGUGUGUGUGUGUGUGUGUGUGUGUUUUUGUGUGUGGAGAAGGGGCAUGGGGAUCUGUAUCUCUACUGAGCACUUGGAGAAGGAGGAGUGUGAUGGGAACAUAGUAUAUGUGAUGGAGGAGGAGGAUCUAUGUUCUGAUGAGGAAGGGGUGAGGAGAAUUGCUUCCCUCUUCUCUCAGCAGGGAAAGAAAGGGCCAAACCAAGAUGCUGCCAUCCUCUGCCAGGGUUAUGGUAUGGAGGAUGGGGUGUUUUGUGGGGUCUUUGAUGGCCAUGGGAGGUCUGGGCACAUAGUGAGCAAACUAGUUAGAGAUUACCUUCCAUCUUUGCUCCUUAGCGAGCGCAACGCCAUCGUCCUCUCCGACAACGACGACUACGGAUUCGGCAAUUGUAACUCUAGCAGUUCAUGCGAAGAAGCUCCGUCUCCUCUCUCUUCUCCAGAGAUGUUUGAUGAGUGGAAACAGGCCUGCACCAAUGCUUUCAGAGCCAUGGAUAAAGAACUCAAGCUCCAGAAUAACUUGGAUUGCUCCUUUAGUGGCACUACGGCAGUAACCAUCAUUAAGCAGGGUAAGGAUUUGAUCAUCGCCAACCUCGGGGAUUCGAGAGCAGUUAUGGGAACAAUCUCACAAGAUGGUCAGCUUCAGGCCAUACAAGUAACAACUGACUUAAAGCCUAGCAUACCGAAGGAGGCAGACAGAAUAAGGAAGAGCCAUGGGCGGAUUUUCGCACUAAAGGACGAGCCGCACAUCCAGCGGGUGUGGCUGCCCGACGAGAACUACCCAGGCCUCGCCAUGGCCCGUUCUUUUGGCGAUUUCGGGCUCAAACACUACGGUGUGAUCUCCGUCCCUGAGGUCUCCUAUCACCGGCUAACAAGCAAAGAUCUUUUCAUCGUCCUAGCUACUGAUGGGGUGUGGGAUGUAUUAAGCAAUGAAGAAGUGGUAUCAAUAGUGUGGUCAACAGGAAGGAAAGAGGAGGCAUCAGAAGCAGUGGUGGAAGCAGCUACGCGCGCGUGGAAGAGCAAAUUCCCUUCAUCAAGAGUAGAUGAUUGCUCUGUUGCUUGCCUCUUUCUUCAGGAUAAGAAGCAACAAUUAAUUCUAAAAUCAUCAAAGAAGGCCUAAAAGGAUUUGAAUAAGGCAAUUGUUGUUCUCCUUUUAGUACUUUGGAAUGAUCUCCAUGUUGGUAUAUAUAGGGUUGGGAGAAGCAGCAUGCAUGCUGUUGCUAGGAUCCUCCAAGGUUUUGUUCUUAAUAUAUUAUAUAUGUGUAUGAAGAACUUUUUUUUUCCUAGUUAAAGAUGGAAAGAUUGAGUUGUUCAUGAUA